AUGUGGGGAACGCUCAGCGACUGCCACGUUAAAGUUCAGCUCAUCAUCUGUUUAAAAGCAGGGGAUGAGAUCUUGUCCCUUAAUGGUAAACCAGCCUCUGACCUCCAGAUGGAUGAUAUGAAGGCUGCAUUUGCAGGUCAUAUGCUCACUUUGAGCGUCAGCACCCUGCCCCAGCUGGACCCUAAAGUUCUCUGCUCGUGUCCACCUCGGCGCUCUGACGUGGAACAGGAAACGGCCACAGAUAUAUUCUCCCAGAGCCAAGAGGACAUCCUGGAUGAGGUGUCAGGUUUGACCGUGCAGAGCCUGGAUGAGAGUUUAGAGGAAGAACCCCAACUGAGCCCCAGAGAUCAUCAGGAAGACAGAACCUUUCUGACAGCCAGCCAUAAGGUGAAAGGCUGUGAAACAACUGUGGAUGUCUAUCAGUCUCUGCCCCCCUUCAGACACAGGUUGAAACAGCACUGCAGGCCUAAACCAAUGGAAAUAUCAAGUUUGUUGACAACCAAAGUCCUCCCCCUGUGUGACAACUGGGGCUGGAUCCAAGAACUGAGCACAGAGCAGGUUCCUGCUUUCUGCCGCAGUCUUCAUGACAUGAAUUCUCUGGAAUGCCCCAUGUCAUCCUCUUCAUCUUCCUCUUCAUCGUCCCUGUCGCAGAGCCCUGUGUCGGCUUUACCGUCAUCAGCAGGUGCUGGCACUCAGAGACAGCUCUCUCAUGCAGACAAACUACGCAAAGUCAUCAAUGAGUUAGUAGAAACGGAGAAGACUUACGUAAAAGACCUGCACUGUCUGAUGGAGCGCUACUUGACACCUUUACAGAAAGAGAACUUCCUUACACAAGAAGAGCUGGAUGAUUUGUUUGGAAACCUCAGCGAGAUGGUGGAAUUCCAGGUGGAGUUCCUGCAGACACUGGAAGAUGGAAUCAGACUUGUGCCUGAUCUGGACCGACUGGAGAGUGUUGAGGAUUUUAAGAAGGUGCUGUUCUCUUUGGGUGGUUCGUUCCUGUAUUAUGCUGAUCGCUUUAAGAUAUACAGUGCUUUCUGCGCCAGCCACACCAAAGUCCCAAAGGUCCUGGCUAAAGCAAAAACAGACCCAGAGUUCAAAGCUUUCCUGGCUGCGAGAAACCCCAGACAGCAGCAUUCAUCAACUCUCGAGUCUUACCUGAUCAAGCCCAUCCAGAGAGUUCUGAAAUACCCUCUCCUGUUGAAGGAGCUCUACUACCUCACUGACCCGGACAGUGAAGAACACUACCAUCUGGAUGUUGCAAUGAAGGCCAUGAACAAAGUUGCAAGUCACAUCAAUGAGAUGCAGAAACUUCACGAGGAGUAUGGAACCGUGUUCGACCAGCUCAUCAAUGAACAGACUUCUGAUAAAAAAGAGGUUCUUGACCUUUCAAUGGGGGACCUUUUGCUGCAUUCAACCGUAGUGUGGAUGAACCCUACAGGCUACCUGGUCAAGAGUAAAAAGGAUGUUGAAUUAGCAGCUUUUGUGUUCAAAACUGCAGUUGUGUUUGUGCACAAGGGAUUCUCCAAGCACAGGAAGAAAAUUGGGGGAUCUCAUCGCUCAACUGUGAGUGAAGACAGAGACUCUUUCCGUUUUCGUCACAUGAUUCCAACAAAAUCUCUGCAUGUCUGUGCCUUACCAAGUAAGUGUGAGUGGAAAGACUCUGAAGCUUCAGCAGUUUGUGAAAUUGUCCACACAAGGUCUGAAUCUGAAGGAAGACCAGAGAGAGUCUUCCAGUUGUGCUGCAGCUCUCCAGACAGCAAAAAGGAUUUGCUGAAAGCAGUGCACUCCAUCCUUAGGGAGAAGCAGCGCCGGCAGCUCCUUAAGUCGGAGUCUCUGCCUCGCAACCAGCAGUACGUCCCGUUUGGUGGCAAACGCCUGCAGGCCCUCAAAGGUGCCCGACCUGCCAUGAGCAGAGCAGAAUCGGCUCCGUUUCGAAACUUGGCUCGCAGAAAACUGGUGAGGAGCCGCAUCACCGUAGAUACGGACCUGGUUUUCCACGGCGACAACAACAACUGCUACACUGAUGCCGACCCCUCACAGCACUCAUCGUAUCCUUCCUCCAGCUCACCGCAUCUUUUUCAUGGACCCCAUCAGUCUCAUAAACCUCAAGGAGAGGACACAGACUGUUGGGUGGAAGAGCAGUUCAACCUGAGCCGUUACGAAGACCAAUGUGACGGCACUGACGCGAAGCAGGUGAAGGAGACGGACAUCUUGAGCGAUGACGACGAAUACUGCAAAUCUGUUCGGCCUCUGGAGGAGAACAUGGGAGGACUGAACCUGCAGAGCAGAGUGAUGAACAGACAGGUUGAGACAAGAAGUGAAAUGAAGCAGAAUGCUGGUUCUGCUACAUCCUGUAGCAUCCCCACCUCUUCCUGUGGAACUUCAGCAGUGAAGCUUGUCCCUUUAAAGCAAUGUGCUGUGGAGGGAGCCACAGACAAGGACCACAGUGUAAUCUGGGUGCGGCGAGAUGAAUUUAACAACAGAUGUAACAGUGAUGUCUUCUGAUGAGACAUCUUGGAAGAUCAGAUGAAGAGAGACCAAUAAAAAAGGUAUCCUCCGAUUUUCAAAUCAAACAGAAGCGGGGAAAUCAGUUGCAAGCUUUAAGAGAAUGUGUAAAAUUCUAAUGAAAACACACACACUAAAAAAAAAAUCACUUUCCUACUCCUCUUGUUUUGACAAUCCUAAAGUACUGCGACACAUCUUCUGUUUCAUCUUGUAACCCCAAGACUCUCAGCCUGAGCUGUUUUAUGUAAAAUAAAACACUUUAUUUCUUUAACAUUUCAGGGAUGAGGACAGCACUGCAUUCACACACACACGUGGACAAAUGUGUGUGUGUUUACACAGGCAGCUACUGCCCCAGAAACAAGAAACUUCAUCACCAAACUUCUGGCCAAAAUGUCUAUUUUUCCACACAGGAAUGUGUGUGCUAUAUUUUUCUGACUUUGCUGCUUUUUUCUAGUAUUUUAAUAUU